GUUGCUGAAGCAGCUUCCUUAUCAAUCAAUGGACUUUCCCUCUUGCCCUUUGGCUGUAUCUUGGACCCUUCUUCUUGCUUUGCAUUCACUACUAUUACGACCAACUGGGUUGUGGUUUUCUUUCCAAAAGACUUGUUCCUUUUCACCUCCUUUUCCUCUUUUUUGUCCUUCAAUUUUACGGGUUUUGAGGAUUGCCUUUAGGGGACGGUACUCCUUCUCCUGGUCUGUACAUUAUGGGAAAUUGCUGGAGAAAACCUGCCAAGUGUGCUCAUGCUUCUUCUAACAUCUUCUCUGGUACCCAAAAUUCAGAAAGUUCAAAGCCUAGCAUCAAGCCUAAGCUGGAUUCAACCUCUCCCAGCCAGCAAACAGAGUCUGGAGUUCCUAUAGCACCCAAAGCUGAUACAGUUGUUUCCAACACCCAAAUUAAGUCUUUUACCUUCGUCGAUCUUAAGAAUGCCACCAAGAACUUCCGCCCGGAGAGCAUACUUGGUGAAGGAGGGUUUGGGUGGGUCUUUAAAGGAUGGAUUGAUGGGAACACUUACGCACCAGCUAAACCUGGAACUGGUAUAGUUGUGGCCGUCAAGAGGCUCAAGCGAGAAAGUUUUCAAGGCCACAAGGAAUGGCUUGCAGAAGUAAACUAUUUGGGUCAACUUCACCACAAAAAUCUUGUGAAACUCAUAGGCUAUAGCUCAGAGUCUGACAAUAGACUUCUAGUUUAUGAGUUUAUGCCUAGAGGAAGUUUGGAGAAUCAUUUGUUUAGGAGAGGUGUUCAACCUAUCUCUUGGUCUAUGCGGGUGAAUAUUGCUAUCGAUGUUGCACGCGGCUUGUCCUUCUUGCAUAGUUUAGAUCCUAGUGUCAUCUAUCGUGACCUAAAGGCUUCCAACAUUCUACUUGAUUCGGAUUUCAGUGCAAAACUUUCAGAUUUUGGCUUAGCAAGGGAUGGUCCUACAGGAGAUAACACUCAUGUUUCAACCAGAGUUGUGGGAACUCGAGGUUAUGCUGCCCCAGAAUAUGUAGCUACAGGUCACUUGACUCCAAAGAGUGAUGUGUACAGCUUUGGUGUGGUCUUGCUAGAGUUACUAUCAGGAAGAAGGGCAAUGGAUGAUGAAAGAGCUGGGGGUGCUGAAGAAACAUUGGUUGAUUGGGCGAAGCCAUUCUUGCAGGGUGAUAGCAGGCGAAUGUUAAGGAUUAUGGACACAGGGUUGGGGGGUCAGUACUCUAAGAAAGGAGCUCAAGCAGCGGCUGCACUUGCUUUACAGUGCCUGCACACAGAUCCCAAGAAUAGGCCAGUCAUGAUCGAUGUUCUUGCCAAAAUGGAACAGCUUAAUUCACCGAGAGACGUUUUGAAGACCCCAGAUCACCAAGGGAUCAAGUCAUCGAAUCAUCGUUCCAAGACGGUGAUUUCAAAUACAAACUCACUGUGAAUUUUUAUGUUUUAGUUGUAUGCAGAUUCAGCUUCUUUCAGACUGCUAUGUAGGAAUCAGAAAUGUAUACCUGGGGCUUGUGUACCUAACACUCAAAGCAAAACCUUUAUGGAUGUUGUACAAUAUUAUUAUAUUGAUUAAUUUGUUUGUAUAUAAAAGGAAGUGAGACUGCAACUCCUAUAAUAGCUCUUGAAACCUUGCUUUUUAAACUCUCACCAAAAAAUUGUUAUAGUUUAGAAACUGUGAAGAUUUGUUCAUGGUAGGGUUCAAGAGCUUUUAUACGAGUACAGUGUAGUUAAAUCUUAUUCUGAAUUCUGUUUGCCAAACUGUUAUUUGCGGGUCGC